AUGGCGAACAAGGAAUCAUGGUUAAAUCUUGUAUUCACGGAGCAUCUUGACAUCAUUAAAAUGGAUACCAAACCAUCCAUCUAUCCAUUAUCCAUCCAUUAUCAAAAGCGCGCGACAUCUGAAACCAUGAAGACCCAAAAGUCAAAAAAGGCUGGCUUGAACGGUAGGUAG